AUGUUUUCUUCUCUUUUUAACUUAGUUUCAUUGCUUCUCUUCUUGUCCUCCCUUGUAAUAAUUCUACUUAGAAAAUGGAGUAAAAACAAAAAACAAAGAUUGCCUCCAGGGCCAUGGAGACUUCCCUUUAUUGGAAAUCUUCAGCACUUGAUCGGAGGAGGACUUCCACAUCGCCUUCUUAGAAAUUUAUCGCAAAGAUAUGGACCUAUUAUGUACUUGCAACUCGGGCAAGUUCCUGUUGUGGUCAUAUCAUCACCUACUAUUGCACAAGAAAUUUUAAAAACUCAUGACCUCGCUUUUGCUGAUAGGCCACAAUUUGUAUCCACAAACAUCAUAUUUUACAAUAAUAAAGACGUUGCAUUUUGCCACUAUGGUGACUAUUGGAGACAAAUGCGUAAAAUUUGUAUUGUUGAACUUCUUAGUGCGAAGAUGGUCAAGUCCUUUAGUGGAAUUCGACAAGAUGAGCUUUCAAGUCUCAUUUCAUCUAUUCGUUCCACAAAGGGCUCUACAAUAAAUAUGACGGAAAAAGUUUUUCAGUUUACGAAUUGUGUUACUUGUAGAUCAGCUUUUGGAAAAAUAUGCAAAGAUCGAAACGAGUUCAUAACACUUCUAAAGGAAGUACUUGUCUUUGCUGGAGGAUUUGAUGUGGCUGAUUUGUUCCCUUCUUGGAAGUUACUUCACAAUAUAAGUGGUGUGAAAUCUAGAUUGGUGAAAGCACAUCAAAAGAUUGAUGCAAUUAUGGAAAAUAUCAUUAAUGAACAUAUUGAAAAUAAAGCAGCUGGGAAGAAGGGAAAUGGUGAGUUUGGAGAUGAAGAUUUGGUUGAUGUUUUCCUUAGGGUGAAAGAGAAUGCGGAACUUCAAUUUCCAAUCACAAAUGACCAUAUUAAAGCUGUGAUUUCAGACAUCUUUAUUGCUGGAACUGAAACUUCAUCUGCGACUAUUAUUUGGGCACUAUCAGAAUUGAUGAUGAACCCAAAUGUUAUGGCCAAGGCCCAAAGUGAAGUGAGGCAAGUUUUUAAGGGAAAGAAAAACUAUGGUGAAGAAGACAUUGAAAAGUUGACAUACCUAAACUUAGUGAUUAAGGAAACACUAAGGCUACAUACUCCAGUUCCUCUUAUAGGACCUAGGGAAUGUAGGGAGAAAACAAAUAUAGAUGGACACACCAUUCCUCAUAAUACUAGAGUACUUGUCAAUGCAUGGGCACUUGCGAGAGAUCCAAAAAAUUGGGAAAAUCCUGAAUGUUUUAUACCAGAGAGAUUCGAGAACUCUUCGGUUGACUUUAUGGGAAAUCACUUUGAGUUUAUCCCGUUUGGUGCAGGAAGAAGAAUGUGUCCAGGAAUACAAUUUGGUUUAGCUAAUGUUGGACUUCCUUUGGCACAGUUACUCCACCACUUUGAAUGGGAACUCCCAUAUGGAGUUAAUCCAAAAGAUUUGGAUAUGACUGAAACACAUGGAAUAACUGCAUCAAAAGCGAAAGAUUUGUAUAUAAACACCACAAAUUAUAAGAACGAUGAAGAACUUUGA